AGCAAUAAUCCUAAAAUGUUAGUUACACUAAAAACAUUGCAACAACAAACGUUUCAAAUAGAGAUUGAUCCAGAGGAAACUGUCAAAGCGCUGAAGCUCAAGAUUGAAGUCGAAAAAGGUAAAGACUAUGUCUCCGACAACCAGCGACUUAUUUACGCAGGGAAGAUUCUUCUCGACGACAAUAAGCUAAGUAACUAUAACAUAGAUGAAAAGAAGUUUAUUGUUAUCAUGGUCACUAAACCCAAGCCAUCGGAAGUCCCAGCGUCGUCGGCCACUGUGCCCGAGGCUGGUGAAAGUGCGACGUCUACCGAAAGCGGCGACGGAAAGAAAAACACUAUCGAUGAAGCUCCCAAACCACCCGCAGUCGCGGAGCCCGAACGCGCUUCAGAGCCGCCAGCCGUCUCCAAUGAGCCCGACUUCGAAACUACAGUGCAGAGCAUCAUGGACAUGGGAUACAACCGGCAGCAAGUAGAGCAAGCUUUACGUGCAUCCUUCAACAACAGAGAAAGAGCUGUGGAGUACUUAAUAACAGGUAUACCUGAAGAGUUGCUCCAAGAACAAGAAGGGGAAGAAGGAACUGACGAAGACCCAUUAGGAUUCCUGCGUGAUCAGCCUCAGUUCCAACAGAUGAGAGCAGUCAUUCAACAGAAUCCAAACUUGUUGAAUGCAGUUCUACAGCAAAUCGGUCAAACCAAUCCUGCCUUAUUGCAAGCUAUUAGCCAACACCAGCAAGCAUUUGUAAGGAUGCUGAAUGAGCCAGUGAAUCCAUCAUCAGGAGGUGCUGCUGCAGACGAGAGUGCUGUGGAUCCCCCAGCACCCCAACAAGCACAAAAUGUCAUACAAGUGUCACCACAGGACAAAGAGGCCAUUGAGCGAUUAAAAGCCCUAGGGUUCCCCGAGCACAUGGUUAUUCAGGCAUACUUUGCAUGUGAAAAGAAUGAGAACCUUGCAGCAAAUUUUUUGCUAUCACAAAACUUUGAUGAUUAAUAUUUACUACUGCAACUUGUUGCAGUGGAGAGACAAAAUUUAACACAAAAGUCAUAUUUCAUGUUGUCAUUUCAUCAAUAGCCUAAAUAGUUUAUGCUUGUAAAAGUCAUGUGUAUUUUUACACAAAUUUCACAUUUUGUCAAGAAUUCAAUGUCUAAUAAAUUUCUUAUUGUUCACAUUUUUG